AUGUUUGACCUUAUUCUUCCAUUUCCAUUUAUCGUUAUAAAGUACGUACAACACAGCUCAAGCACUAACCAACCUCAGGAACUGGCUAUAUCCAGAGUUCUGCGUUGCGGCCAGGCUUUUAGAUGGAAGUUCGUUGACGAUAUCUGGUCUUGCACGAUUCAGAAUCGUGUUCUUCUACUCAAGCAAGACGAGACAUUUUUACACUUCGCAUCCAUCCCUCAUAUGAAGGACACUGAAGAGGUUGUCAUGGACUACUUCAACUUGCAAAUCAAGCUCGAAGACCUGUAUUUGGACUGGGCAUCAAAAGAUAAGCAUUUUACCAAGAACUCAAUGAAUUUUGGAGGCAUCAGGAUGCUGAGACAAGAUCCAUGGGAGAACCUGGUUUCUUUCAUUUGCUCAACUAAUAACAAUGUGAAACGGAUUUCCAAAAUGUGCGAAAACCUGUGUAUUCAUUACGGUGACUUUUUGGUGGAUCAUCAAGGAAUCAAGCACUAUUUAUUCCCCGAGCCAGCACGUUUGGCGGGUCCAAACGUCGAAACCGAGCUUCGCGAGCUUGGAUUUGGUUACAGAGCCAAAUAUAUUCAGCAAACCGCCCAGAUGCUGACCGACAAAGAUGAGUUUCUCAAGCUAUACACCAUGAGAACAGAGCCGCACAAAGCGUGCCACGAAUACCUCCAGUCGUUUAAAGGAGUUGGCCCAAAAGUUGCCGACUGUGUUUGUCUUAUGUCAUUGGACAAACACGACGUCGUUCCUGUGGAUACCCAUGUUUUCAAGAUUGCAACCAAAGAUUACCGCAUGCCAGGAAAAGUGCUCAAUAAAGAACUUUACGCGCAAAUCCAGGACAAGUUCAAAGAACUUUGGGGAGAAUACGCCGGCUGGGCUCACUCUGUGCUGUUUGCAGCCGAUCUGAGAGACCUCAACAACGGAAUUAACAUUAAAACUGAGAAAUAA